UUUCAGCCCAAAAUUUCAGAAAAUUUUAUAAAGACCAACUGAGAGGUAAAUCCUUCCUGUUAUCCCUCAAGGAAGAACAUCAAAAUGCAAACUCUUGCGUCCUUCAUAAUCCUACUCUCCUUGCUCAGCCUCAUCAUGAACAUUCAAGCACAGGUCACCUACCGUUAUCAUUUUUGCACAAACUCAACUACGUUCACCAGAAACAGCACCUUCCAGGAAAAUCUAGAUGUUCUUCUCUCUUCCCUUUCAUCCAAUUCAACCCACCUCAGUGGAUUCUAUAACACCUCUGCUGGGCAGGUCUCCGACAACGUUUAUGGCCUCUUUCUCUGCCGUGGUGAUCUUAGCACCGAUGUUUGCAAAGAUUGUGUCACCUUGGCCACCCAAGCUAUUAUCCAACGCUGCCCACGCAAAGAGGCUAUAAUCUUUUACGAUGAAUGCCUACUGCGAUAUUCAAACCAGUUCAUCUUUUCCAGAAUGGCCCAAGAACCUGUUUUGUAUUUGUUGAACUCACAGAAUAUAACAGAUCAAGAACGUUUUAACGAGAUAGUGGACACCACCAUGGACGAUACAGCUUUGCAGGCUGCAAACGCUUCAGCUGGUAAAAAGUUCGCAAUCAAGAAAGUGAAUAUCACUCAGAGUCAAAGCCUCUAUACACUGGCGCAGUGCACGCCUGACAUAUCUGUGUCUGUGUGUGGACAAUGUCUGCAGUUAGCUAUAUCUCGGUUACCUGGUUGCUGUAGUGGAAAGCAAGGAGGAAGAGUUUUAUUCCCAAGCUGUAAUAUUCGGUAUGAGAUAUAUGAGUUCUAUAAUGCAACCGCUUUACCACCUCCUCCUCCUCCUCCUCCAGCAGUAACAAGACCACAAGGAAAAAGCGGCGUCUCAAAAGCUACAAUUAUAGCAAUUGUUGCUUCAGUUACUGCGUCUAUUUUACUCAUCUUCAUGGGUUACUAUUUACGUUGUAGGCGAGAAAGAAAGAAAUAUGGCACCAUAAGGGAAAACAGCGCCGACAGUGAUAUUACAACGGUUGAGUCCUUGCAAUUUGAUUUGGGUACAAUAGAAGCUGCCACAAAUAAUUUCUCCAAUGAUAAUAAAUUGGGUGAAGGUGGAUUUGGUGAGGUUUAUAAGGGAAUAAUGUCUAAUGGACAAGCAAUAGCUGUGAAGAGGCUGUCGAGAAAUUCUUUACAAGGUGCAGAAGAAUUCAAGAAUGAGGUCCUGUUGGUAGCCAAGCUUCAACACAGAAAUUUAGUGAGGCUGCUAGGAUUUUGCCUGGAAGGAGAAGAAAAGAUCCUGGUUUAUGAAUUUGUUCCCAACAAAAGCCUCGACUACUUUCUAUUCGAUCCUGAGAAGCGAAGGCAAUUGAAUUGGCCAAGGCGUUAUAAGAUAAUAGAAGAAAUUGCUCGAGGAAUUCUAUAUCUUCAUGAGGAUUCUCGCCUUAGAAUCAUCCAUCGUGAUCUUAAAGCUAGCAAUAUUUUAUUAAAUGAAGAUAUGCAUCCAAAAGUUUCAGAUUUUGGUAUGGCUAAGAUUUUUGGAGUUGAUCAAACUCAAGGGAAUACAAGUAGAAUUGUCGGAACAUACGGAUACAUGUCUCCGGAAUAUGCAAUGCAUGGGCAAUUCUCAGUCAAAUCAGACGUAUACAGCUUUGGCGUCUUGCUUCUUGAGAUCAUUUGUGGAAAAAAGAACAGUUCUUUCUAUCAAACUGACGGCGGUGAGGAUCUCGUCAGCCAUAUCUGGAAACACUGGAGAAAUGAAACACCUUUUGAAGUGGUAGAUUCAGUUCUGAGAGAUUCAUAUUCAAGAAAUGAAGCCUUAAGGUGCAUCCAAAUAGGCUUGUUAUGCGUUCAGGAAGAUCCUUCUGACAGACCAACAAUGGCGAAAAUUGUUCUCUUGUUCAGUAGUUACUCUGUUACUCUGCCAGUUCCCCAACAGCCAGCUUUUUUUCUUCACAGCAAAUCGGAGCAGAUCAUGCCAGGGAAUGGGUUGGAUUCGGAACAGUCCACUAAUAAGUCAGUGUCAUGGUCUGUCGAUGAAGGAUCAAUUACUGAAGUAUAUCCUCGUUAGUGAAUGUAAUGAAAUUUUCUUUGAGGUAAGUGAUAGAAGUUUUCAAGGAUUGGAAACUUUGAUCUUUUAAUUUCAAUUCACGUUUCAAUCUUCAGUGUUAGUGUUGUUGUUAUUACACUUUGUUACAAUACAGCAAUUUUUUUUUCUCA